CACAGGUGGCAGGUGCGGGCGGCGCUGCCCUUACGCGGAGCCGGAGAGGCGCCCAUGGAACCCGCGGAGGGCGGCCGGGCAGGCGACGGGGAGGCGGCCCCGAGCCCCGCCGGCGUCCGCGAGGGCUGGUUCCGCGAGACCUGCAGCCUCUGGCCCGGCCAGGCCCUGUCCUUGCAAGUGGACGAGGUCCUGCACCACCGGCGCUCGCCCUUCCAGGAGAUCCUCGUCUUCAGGAGCAAAACUUACGGGAAUGUGUUAGUCCUCGAUGGCGUCAUCCAAUGUACAGAGAGAGAUGAGUUUUCAUACCAAGAAAUGAUUGCCAACCUGCCCCUGUGCAGCCAUCCAAAUCCACGCAAGGUGCUCAUCAUAGGCGGUGGCGACGGGGGCGUCUUGCGAGAAGUGGUGAAGCAUCCCUCGGUGGAGGCCGUGAUACAGUGUGAAAUAGACGAGGACGUGAUAGAGGCGUCAAAGAAAUACCUCCCAGGUAUGGCUGUGGGAUACUCCAGCCCGAAACUCACCCUGCAUGUCGGGGAUGGCUUUGAAUUCAUGAAGCGGAACCAAGAGGCUUUUGAUGUGAUUAUCACCGACUCCUCCGACCCCAUGGGUCCAGCAGAGAGUUUAUUCAAAGAAUCUUACUACCAGCUAAUGAAGACGGCUCUCCGGGAAGAUGGGAUCCUUUGCUGCCAAGGCGAAUGUCAGUGGCUGCAUCUUGACCUCAUUAAGGAGAUGCGCCAGUUCUGCACGUCGUUGUUCCCCGUGGUGGAGUACGCCUAUUGCACCAUCCCGACAUACCCAAGCGGCCAGAUCGGCUUCAUGCUCUGCAGCAAGGACCCAAGCACAAAUUUCAGGGAACCUGCCCGGCCACUAUCCCAAGCGCAAGUGGACGCAAUGGGCCUCAAGUAUUAUAAUUCGGACAUCCACCGGGCAGCCUUUGUCCUGCCAGAAUUUGCACGAAAGGCCUUGAGUACUGUGUGAAAGCUUCAUUGGGGGCAGCCGUGCCUCUCACCUGGGACCCUGGAGACUUCGAAGUGAGGCCAGCGUGGCGGGUUUCCUCCAGCGAGGGGGCUUGGCAGCUUCCCGUUGGCCCCCGGUCCAGCCAGCCCCUCUUUGCCAGCCAAACAUUCCUUCCUACGAUGUAUUAAAAGACUUUGGGCUCUCGCCUGGUUGGACUCCGGGACAAGACCCAGUCUGGGCCUCUCUGGUCCGUUGCUUCUUGCCAGGAGUGGGAAAGUCGCAUAGAGUUUCUUGGCCUCAGCCCUCCUCCCCGAAAAGUGCAGUAUUUAUAACUGAACAUGUUCUCUCUCCUUCCUGCUCCCCCAGCCUGUUUUCGUCUGCCAGCGUGGAAGGAUCAGGCGCCUGGCUUGAAUAUGCUGUAGUGCAAUGGAAAAGGGAGGGACGGGAUCACACACACGUCCCGGCCUGUUGCUUCUGGCCUCCCUGUUCCAUUUGCCGUCGGAUGUACACAUCUGUCUGUUCGGAAGCUUGCUGGCACACUUCCCAGGCACAGACCUUCCGCUGUUGACUCUGAGCCUGUCUCUUCCUGGGGACACCUUUUCCAUCGGCUCAGCAGAGGGACCCGCUCUGGGUGUUGCCCAGGAGGGAAUUAUUACCUGCUCCUAUAUUAAAUAGUGGGCAAGGAGGACCUGAGCAAACCCUCCUUGGAGCCAUGGCUAGAAGAAUUGGGCUGCCUUUCUGGAAAGGCCUUUGACAUACCCUGGCCAGAUCAGGGGUGCUAUUAAUUCUUUUCCUUCCUCCCCACUCCUCAAUUGCUGGGGUAAUCAUGUUUCCUCCAGGGCUGGGGCCUAGAAGUGAAUCUGUCUCAUCUUCAUGUUUCUAAAUUAGUUCUUUUUUUAAAAAAAAAAACCCCUCUUCUUGGAGUUGCUGCCCCUCCACACACGUCCAUUGGUGGCUUUGCUUCUAAAAGCUGUCGGCCACCAAGGGCAGAGUUCGAAGGAGAUACCUUAAUGGGAACACAGUCCACUCUUCCAGGCUUUAACUCGACAUUUAGAGGCCGAAGGAACUCUUUCUGGCUGCAGUCUUUUGCUAAUAGGUCUCCAUUUCCUGCAUUUAGGGGCAAUAGCAAAAUGAAAAUUGAAUACGCUCUCACUCAUUCUGCCAACUAUCAUACCAGAAAUAGGCCAUUUGUGUGUAUGGGAUGUAUUAUAACUCCCUUGUCAAGGUUAACAGUUGGGGGGGGGCACUGUGUCGUGUUUCAGCUGUAUGGGAUGGGAGGAGAUAGAGAGACUGCCUCCUGCUAUAGGUAUUUAUGUCGCCCCGUGAUUCAUGGAGGUUCAACAAAGCACCAUCUACUCCGUUUACACUGGAAUUUGGAAUUGCAUUAUAGAACUCAAGAAGAUCAUGAAAAACCUCCA